UUACUAAUACCGUGAAGUACUUUAUACUUCGGUGGUGUUAAACUUAAUGUGAUGAUUCAGGCAAAUCGUUCAGGUUAUUCUGGGGCUCGCCAUGCGCUAGCUUUCUCCUCAGGCCAUUUUAAUGAUUUUUACUGACGUUGAAGAUAGAACUCUAAUAUUCUGACGAAAUAGAAGAAGCCGAGAUCUCAGAUAACCGAAAGAUCAAAGCUUUCUUCAAUAUCUAAAGGUUUUAUGUUGCCACGAAGAGGGUCACAAGUUUUCCCACUUACUCUAUCUCAAUCUUGAGAGGCGUCGGAUUUGGUUACAUGAUUGUGAGCUCUUAGGCGGGUCCUGCAUGACCUGUUGACAAGAUUUAGUCAACGAAAAUGGCUCCCUCGUCUCCAAUCGAUGCUGAUUCACUCCCCUCGUCAAUGGCACCCCAAAACAUGGAAACCAACAUUCAGCCGUUCUAUGUUCUUCACAAAGCUUCAUCUCGAGGAAAAGAUAGAAAAUCAGCGGGACAGGGAAAAAAGAGAAGAAGAAAAGACGCACCUUCAUCGCUGCAAAGCCCUAAGAAACUUGAAGGGAGUAUUGCGGAAGAGCAUGAUGGCCAUCAUCUUCAGCAGUUGCAAUUUGAAGCAUUUUGCUCUGUCUGGUCAAAAAUUGAGUCUACUAUCAAGGAUGUUUUGAGAGAUACCAAUGCUAGUGUUUUUAAUGAAAUACGACAAUGGGUUCUGGCAUGCUUCAAUGCUACUAGAUCAACUAGAGAACCUAGCUUUGCCAACUCAGUUGGAUCUUUUCCUGUUCUGAACGAAAGUACUCCUAGACAGCUAUUCACUGGGUUGGUGAUAACCAAAAACAUGGAGUUUGUUGAUGACAUUUUAACGUUUGAAGAGCUUAGCCACUUCUUGGAAUUGCAAGGUUGCCAUGUUGGUAUGCUAUCAUCCUUAGACUUUUCUGUGAAAAAUGGGAUUGUUGGUUGCCUAAAAGCUUUGUUGCGAGAGUUUAUGCACGCCACUAUGGAUUCAGCUGACAUAUCAAACUUAGCAUCAUGGUAUAGAGAACAGGGAAACCACAAUAAGCCCCUGGUUCUUAUCAUUAAUGAUGUGGAAAGAUGCUCUCGGACGGUCUUAUCUGAUUUUAUCCCCAUGUUAAGUGAAUGGGUAAACAGGCUGCCAGUGAUCUUGAUAUUUGGAGUUGCGACCACAGUGGAUUCCCUAAAAAACAUUCUUCCAUCACAUGUUCUUCACCAUUUGUGCCCCGCUAAAUUUAUGCUUGGAUCACCAGCUGACAGAAUGGAUUCAAUUAUCAAGGCUGUUCUUGUGAAGCAUUGCGCUAUAUUCGGUAUUGGUUACAAAGUGGUUCUAUUUCUUAGAAACAACUUCUUAAACAAGGAUGGGACAUUAACAUCUUUUAUCCGAGGUUUGAAGAUAGCUUGCAUGUUACAUUUCUCUGUGGAGCCUCUAAGUAUCAUACUUAGCCAAGCACUCGCUGAAGAAGACCAGGAAGAUGGAAAAUCUGCGUUAUCAUCUGAUACAGUGUUGAAGUAUGUGCAUGGACUUCCAUCAUGUGCAAGGAAUCAAAUGGCUGAUGAGACUGGGAGAAAUUUAGCUCAGGGCCUGUCAACUUUGGUUAGAGCGAAGAAGCUUUGGAGCACUGCGGUCCUGUGCCUGCAUGAAGCCGGAAAAUAUAAUAGAAUUCGACUGCUGGAUGUGUUUUGUGAAGUGCUCAAUCCAGAUCUGUUCCCACCAAGGGCUUCUGAUUGUCACGUCGCAGAUGAAAAUGAUUGUGGCUUGUCCUCAUCCAAUUCCUACCAACAGUGUUCUAUUAUUCAAAGGGGAGGAUGUAUUUCCCAGAUACUUCGCAAACUGAGGGAUCUACCUCCUGCAAUGCUAUUUCAGUUGAUUAGGAGCUGGGAAAAAUGCACUGCAGGUGUUGCUGAGAUUCAUGACAAAUUAAAAACGUUGCAAUCUUCACUAAGAUGUGAAGAUGGAAAAAGGCCAACCAAGAGUUCUGACAUUUCCAAGAAACAUGCGACCAGGAUUUCAUUAAACAGUGAAAAGGACUCAAGAAUCUUAAAUUCACAAGUUAUCGCAUUCAUGAAUGACUUGGUCUGGAAUUAUAUGAGGCCCAUUUCAUGCAUGCCUUUCCAUGAAAUUGCCUGUUUUAAUGAGGUUGAGAAGCUACAACUGGCUUUGACUGGAGAUCCAAGAAGCAGAAUUCAAGUUGAUCUUUUGGACGCCAACAAGAUUUUACGGUGCAGCUGCUGCAAAAAGAGUAGCUCUGCACUAUUGCCGUCCAUGCAUGAUUCCUCAAUUAUGUAUUCCCUGGCUGAGGAGCAUGGUGAUGUAAUCAAUCUUCAUGACUGGUUCAAGUCCUUUCAAACAAUUAUUCUUGACCACAAGAAUAAGCGCAAACAAAAGUUGAAGCAAUCCCCACAUAAAAGGAAGAGAAAAGAUACAAAUGAAUCUAGUGAUCCAAGUGAAGCGUCAAUUCAAGCACGUUUUUGCAAUGCAGUUACAGAGUUGCAGAUCAUUGGCUUACUAAGAAUGCCUAGCAAGAGACGCCCUGAUUGUGUACAGAGAGUAGCCUUCGGAUUUUGAGAAGAGGGCAUUAAUUGUUGCUCAAAACUCAUCUUUUUGUGUUCUUUCUACUUCAGUUAUAUGUUAUUGAAUUAAGGAGUUAAAUAGGUUUUAAUGUUGAUUAGGUUUUCUGCUACACCUAAUCAGAUGAACUUUAUAGGCAGAAUAAUCUGUGGCACCAAAUGUGUAGUGUACCUUUCAUUAGUCUCUUGUACUCGAUUCAUUAUUUUUAUAUUUUAUAGUUCUGUGGAGUAGUUCAACUGAGUAGUAACUAUAAUUA